AACACCUGAUCGAGAACUAAUCUUCCAGCACUUCCCCUGCCAAAAGAAUCGGGCAGACUAGAUUCGAAGCAGCGGAGCGCAUUUGCGUCUUCCUGCCCCUUUUUCCUUCCACGUGUGGAUUUGAACCUCGGCGUGGAGUAAGAAACCUGAAGCCCAAACACCGAGUUUGCCUGUGAGGGGGCGCGUGCGUUUCGUUUCAGACCAAAAUCUUCGCCCUGCCUCCCAAACAUUCAGGAAGAUUGCAAAAGAAAAAGGAAGAAGCGUCAAAGACACAGAAGCGACGCCACCCGGCGAGCAAGUCUGCUCUUUCGGCCUGAAAAGAAGAACCUCGUCUGAUUUGCCCGACAGCUCCUCUACCCCGGCCCGCGCUUGUGACUAGCAAGCGGUGGCGGCAGCAGAAAGCAACCGUAGUCAAAGAGAGGCGGCGGCCGGCUGGGCCCUCCCCUCGUCUCUGCCUGGGCAAAGAAUACCGGAGGCGCCUGUGGCCGCCCUGCGCGGAGCUUGAAGACAGCGCCUUGUGCUGUCGACGCCCAGCUCGACCAUGGUGGCUCCCUCUUCCUGACGCCUAGUGGCUUAGCGAAGGACGGAGGAUCUCCGCCGUCCCCUCGCAGCGGGGUGGUAUGCGCGGGCAGCGGCGGGAUGGCCUCGGCUGUGUUUGAGGGCACCUCGCUGGUGAACAUGUACGUGCGGGGCUGCUGGGUGAAUGGCAUCCGGAGACUGAUCAUCAACCGUCGCGGGGACGAAGAGGAGUUCUUCGAGAUCCGCACCGAGUGGUCGGACCGGAACGUCCUUUACUUGCACCGCAGCUACUCUGACCUGGGCCGCCUCUUCAAGCGCCUGCUGGACUCCUUCCCGGAGGAUCGCCCCGAGCUGUCACAGUCCCCCUUGCUCCAAGGGUUAAUUACAAUUAAAGAGUCUCAUGACAUAGAAGCCAGGCUGAAUGAGGUAGAGAAGCUCCUCAAGAAUAUUAUAAAUAUGCCUUGGAAGUAUUCCAGAUCUGAAGUUGUCCUCACCUUUUUCGAAAGGUCUCCUUUAGAUCAAGUGUUAAAAAAUGACAAUGUCCAUAAAAUCCAACCAAGCUUUCAGAGUCCAGUUAAAAUUUCAGAAAUUAUGCGUUCUAAUGGAUUUUGUUUAGCUAAUACCGAAACAAUAGUUAUCGAUCACAGUAUACCAAAUGGCAAAGAGAGUCACUUGGAUGUUGAUUCAGCAGAACACUUGUUUGAGAAUGUUAGUGAAUUUACCUCUGAGCUGCAGGACACUGAUGACCCAGCAGCUUACGUCACCAACUUGUCAUACUAUCAUCUGGUUCCAUUUGAAACAGAUAUUUUGGACUAAGACUGUCAAAAAGACUUCACGGCUGACAUCAGGCAACCGUCUUUUCUUGAGACAUUCAGUGCCCCGUAGUCUUGCGCUGAUCAUGCCUACUACAGGUAUAUCAUGCAAGGCAGAAAAGGAUUCCUACAAACGUAUAUCUUGAAGCUGAUAUCAUUGUUUGAUUCUUCACUGUGGCUCCCUGGGGCAACUUGCAAGAAUGCCGUUCUCUAGUGGAGAAAUAAAUUUUUAUUUUGCCAAAAAGAAUGAAACAAGGACAUCUAAAGCUAAGUUGACUCAAGGAAAUACAUGGUGCAGUGGCUGUCACACACUGAUAGAACUUUGAUGAUACCAAAAAGGAGACAAAGCACCAGUGGUACUAAGAGUUACAGUGAAAUUUGUGAAGAGCUUCCAUUUCCUCCUCUAUCAAGCUGUCUUUAACCCCUCCCAACAUUUUAAACUUUUUAAUUGAAAGAUUCAUUAUGAUCAGACACUAGGAAUAUUUUUCGUUUCUCAUGACAGCUUAUACGAAAUGUCUAGUAAUUUGUUCACAGAGAGUUUCCAGAGUAAAUGAUGCCUUAUGUCAUGUGUGCCUACAAGAAAUAAGCUCAUGAAUUGAGUGCAUAGUUUAACUUAUUUGAAGCCAGGGAUUUUAUUUAGUCAUCUGAGCACCUAUCAUUGUCUCCUGAAAUAAUAACAAAAGAGUAAAUAAGCAAGUUGUAGCUCAAGGAGAAAGGGAAAUACUCAUGAGUUUUAAAUGGUCCAUCUGAACGUUUUUUUCCCCCUAGGAAUCCUCCUAAUGAUUUUUUUUUCUUUUUCUUUUUUUGUCCAGAAUAGGAACACUUUGCAAUUCUCAGUAUUAGUGUUUACACAAGUGGGGUACCUUUCUUCCUGUCACUUAACUUUCCAUGGACUAGAACAUGUGAUUUCCAUGGUGAAUAACCUUCAGUGCUUCCCCUUUUAAUAUAAAUAACAACAUGGGAACAUGGAGUGGAGUUCACAGUUUGGUGGGGCAGAUUCGUGUUAUCAAAUAGGUUUAAUGUUAUGAACACGGCCAGAAUUAUGUGCCACAGAAAUAUUGCUUUCCGUGGUAAAUCAGUGGCAAGUGCAGCAUGAUCUUCAGCCCAGAGAUAAAUUAGGUGAUUUUACAAAGCAAAACUUGAGUACUAGUGGAAGGAGAGAAUAUCUCCUUCCACUAAUAAUAGGAAUACAACCUAUUAUUCAUACUAUUCACUCAGCAGUAAGCUUAAAAUAGUUACUACAGCUCUCAUUCUUUGAAAGUUACCACACUGUUCUAUUUAAGCACCAACCUUCCUCCCCAGCUUAUCUUCUGCAGUAACUGAACAAGCACUCUUUUUCCUGUAAUAGCAGCACAGGAGGGUGAAGGUCUACAGUAUCAACACGUUGGAGUGACAGGAGAUGCAGCCUUUAGUGAACCUCUGUGCUCAUUUGUUAAGAAUACAAGCACUCCCCAAAGGUUCAUGUUCCCUGUAGUUCUCUGGAACUGUUAUUCUGUAUGUAGAGUUAGGGAACAGUGAAUUAUUGAUGCCAAACUGUGGUUUACAAAGAUUGGGAAAUGACCGUGUAGGUAGUAUUAAACCAAUACAUGCUUGUAAUGUAGAUUAAUGUCCAUAAUGUAAUGGAAAUAAGUACAUUCUGUUAGUUAUUCUGUUUUUCCCUUCUUGGCUGUGAAGGAUAUGGUACAUCUUCCCCAUCUCUAAAGCUUUUCAGAAUCUUUUGUAUAAUAAUUGUAAAGCAACAUUUUCAAAUGUAAAUAUUAAUAAGUUAUUGAAAACCCUAACUCUUUUACAAAAUCUGUUUCCACUAUAUUUUAAUGAAAUAAAAGCAUUACUCAUCUUCAAUGUAA